CAUGUUUAUUUUUUUUUAUAAUUGUGCGACACGAGUAGACGUCGAAACUUUCUGAAAAACCAAACGAAUCGUAUUUAACCGUCAAACCGUGAAACUAUAUAAGCUUGUACAGUGUUUAAUGUGAUGUAUUUGUUCCUACGUCGGCAUAGCAUUGUGAUAUGUAUAUACAUACAUAUCUAGAUGCAUAAUACGUGUGUCGAGAGGCGAACUUUAUAAUUUAAUGAUCUAUUAUCAUUUAUAACAUAAUAAAAACAAUGAAAGUAUGCCAUGGAUGAACACAACAAUGAUCUUUAUGAGCAAAAGCUUUAUGCUGUGUUUCAAAGUUGCUUAACAAAAGGAGAAACUGAAUUACAAGAGGAUAACUGGUUGAAUUUAUGCCAUAAAUUACAUCUUACAGAACAGAGUGAAGAAUUAAAAUCUUAUAUUUGGCAAUAUAAGCAAGAAAAGCAAUCUAUAUCAUUUCAAGAAUUUAGGACAGCUUUAUUAACUUUAUUAACCAAAACACAGGAAUUAGCUACUCGUGCAGAUAAAGAUGUCUUAUCACAGUCAAAAAGCGACAUAAAUUCGUGCAUCACAGAUAAUAAAAUAUGUAGUUCGCUAAUAUCUAGUAAUUCCAAUACUCGUGUAGACAUUCUUAACAUAAAAACAGGUGAGACAUUAGAUGAAAGCAGAUUAAAAUGUCUGUGGGAAAAAAUAAAUAAUUACUUAAAAGAUGUAGAUUCUGGAACAAUGUAUUUUAUAACUAAUUGUUUAGGAAUCCCAACUCUUCCAAAACAAAUCACACAAUGCAUCUUUGAAAAGCUUGACCAAAAUUGUGAUGGAUUAAUUAGUUUGGAUGAAUUUCUUAUAAUAUUUCAGAACAAGAAAACUGUGGAAGAACAAUUAACAUUAGAUAAGAAUGAUGAAUCUGUGAAAGAAUUAACUAAAGUGGAUUUUAGGAAACGUAACUUUGAUAUGCACCCACCUCGUAAAACUAGUUUUGCACGGAGUAAUACCUUUUUGGAUACAUGGAAGCUUUCUGGUAUAAGUACAUCUUUGCUAACGGAUGGCAGUCUCAAAACGUCUGAAAUUUGUCUAGCUGAUUUAACAACUACUCUAUGCGAAGAAUUGAAGAAUUUUAAUGACUCGCUAGAUCAUUCUACGAUUUGGUCGCAUAUUAUGUUGUUACGAGAUGUUUUGAUACUAUACCAAGAAGAACUGCAUAGUCUAAACAUUAUGCUUGAGAAUAUAAAUGGCGAGAAAGAAAAGUUACGCAUUGAUAUUGUAGAAGCCAACGAGCGAGCAAAUACUCUUGCUCAAGAAAUUGAUGAACAACAUAAUCGUCAAGAAGAGGUUUUGCUAAACUUGCGAAAACAACUUGAACAACGUUACUCAGAAACUUUACUAGAUCUUUCAAAUCAACUUAGUUCGGAACGAGAAACGAAUGCUAGUGCCUUAAAAUCGAAGGAUGAUCAAAUACAAACAUUACAGAAAGAGAAUCAUGAAAUUAGACAUAAGUUUGUAAAUACGUUACAAGAAAAUCAAAUGUUAGAAACUGAAAAUGAGAAUCUUCGUAGUCAAAUUGAAAAACUCAAACAAUCAAAUAGUGAGUUACUAAUCCAAGUGAAAAUGUUGGGAGUAGAACACGAUGAGUCACAAAAUACAGAAGUAAAGCAUCAACAAGAAGUUAUAUAUUUAGUUGAUCGUAUUAAACAAAUACAAUCAGAAUCUGUUCUUUUACGAGACCAGAAUGAUGAACUUACUGCAGAAUUAGAAACUUUGAAACAACGUUAUAGUCAUAUUAAAGAUAUACGACAAAAUCAUGUAUCAGGUGAUCAUACAGCAAGGAAUAUCCAGUCAGAUGAGGCUGAAGAUAAAGGAGCAUUUAUAGCGGAUGAAGAAGAUGAUUUAGAUGUACUUUUGAAACAUUCCGUGUCUAUGCCUUGUAAUUCCAACGAAGAAGAAAGUGCGAAGAAUUGCAGGAAAAUAGAUUCAAAAUACGAUAAAAAUUUGGUUAUAAAACAAUUAAAAAAUAUUUUAGCAAAUAGUAAUACGUGCACUUUAGAAGACCGUGUACUUAGAGAUGCAAUCUCAGGAAUAAUCGUAAGGUUACAAUCAAAUUCGAAUGCACAAAUUUUCAAAGACGCAGAUUCUAUUAAAAAUAUUGCAUCUGAAAUGGAAACAGAGUGUGAAGAACGAACAAGUGAAUCGUUAAGAGACUUUGUAGUGUCGAAAUAUAAAAAUUCUCUUUUUAUUAAACGAGGUACUGUAUGCAAUAAUAAUGAAAAUAAUUGUGAUGUUGAUGAUAACUUUAAUAAUCAAGAUACGAAAAGUCCAUUACAAAACAAAGUUCCAAGUCUUAGAGAUUAUCCACCUCGAAAAGAAGAACAUAUAAUUUUAGAUCAGUCAAAAUCAAAUAAGGAAAAAGAUACUCCACUUAAUCAUGCAAAGAUAACUAAUGAAGUAAGCUUAAUAAAAAAUGAGUCAGUUGAAGAUGUAAAUUUAUUGAAUUUAAAAAUACAAGAUCUUCAAACAGCACAUGCAGCUGAGAAAAAACAAUUAAUUGAACAAUGUGUAGAACUAGAAAGAAGUCUUGAGUUAUUGAAAGUAGAAUAUGAAGAAUGUGAAGACUAUUGGGCAGCUAAAUUAGAAGAAGAAAGGCAACUUUUUGAACAAGAACAAAAAAUUAGCGACGAAAAGUUUUCAGAACUUAUAGCUAAAAUGGAGGAAUACGAAGAAUUAAUUAGCCCCGUAGAUAAAGUAAAAAGCAGUGGACGUUUGUCUCCAAUAGAAGAAAAGCUUAAUUUAGAACAACAGUAUUUAGAUCUUGAAGAAGAAUUCGAAAAAUGGAAGACACAAAUGGAAGAAGAAAUUUCUCAGAAAAAUAAGGAAAUACAAAAUUUACAUGAAACUAUAAAAUCCUUGAAGCGACCAACAAUGACUGAUAUAUCAAUUCAAGUUACAGAUGAAUCUAUAUUUUCGCCUUUAUCAAUGCGAUCAAAUUAUGUUCCUAAUAACUCAUUUAAUAUUGAACCAUCCAGCGAAACUGCUUCCAUGUUUACCCAAUGUAAUGAUAAUAUUCGCAAACUGCCUGAGGAAUUUAAAUUCAAUCGAAUUUUAGAAUCUUCAGCCUUAUGUAGUGAUGCAAUUCCGCGUGUAGCAAAGGAAAACGUGGGCAUUAGUAAUCUACACCAAAUGCAUACACAAUAUUCUCUCAAAGAUGUAAAUAGUACAUAUAAAAUUGAAAAGCCAGAAUCCCAUUGGAAAGCAACAGAAGUUGGACAUUCAAAAAAAAGUGAAAGUAUACAUGACAUAGAGUACGACUUAGUACAAGAUAGAUUAAAAUUACAAAAUUUAAAAACUGCAAAUUGUCAGUGUGUACAAAAUAGUGCGCAGCAACAAGUAUGUUGUGUAAAUGUAAAUAUACUACACAAUCUAAGUUUAAAACUUGAGGCGCAGGAGCGUAAAAAGCAUCAAUUGCAAGAAUGUUUUAAGCAACAACAAUACCAAGUUGAAUGCGUGCUACAACAUAUUAUGUCUCAACAUCAAUUAGAAGUUUCAGAAUUACAGUAUCUCCUUCGUAACACACAGGAAAGACUUCAAAUAGAAUUUCAAACAAUCGCAGAACAGGCUGAACAAUUGGCACAUACUGACAUGUUAGUAAAAGAUUUGUACAUAGAAAAUGCAUGUUUAUCAACCGAUCUGAAACGUUUACAACAGCAUUAUUACAUGUUAACUGGACUGAAUGCUGAAUCUACUUCAAUAUGAUAUUGCAAACAAUUAUUAGUCAUACAUAGAAAACAAAGCCCUAUUAAUAAAAUAUUAGUAACAACGUUAAUAAUGUUUUAACGUUAAAGUGGCAUUCAGGAAUCACUGUGGUCCUAUCUAAAUUAUCAGUUGCAAUGCGUACUAUUUUUUCGUUUAGAAUGUCUUUAAAGGAAUCAUUAAUAAUAUACGAGAUUUAUAAUUUUAGUCCUUUCAGUACUGAUUACUAAUGUUGAAUUGACAUUACAUCAUAGAAUAGUUUUAAAACUUGAAAAUAGUUAAUAUAUAUGAAGUAUAUAGGUAUACAUUAUUUUUGCUUCAUGUUUUAUGUUUGCGCACAUGCAUAUAUAAUAACAUUGAAAGAAUUAAACAAAUAUUUUGUUGGAUUUCGUGAUGUUUAUAUGAAUGUAAAAAACCAUUUAAUUAUAUUACUAUAAAAUAUGGUAUAAAUUGUUGUAGUAUUAUGUGAAAUACCACAAGCAAAAAAUGUUGCAUUCUCUUGAUCUUUAUUAAUUGAAUUUAAAAAAUCAAAGAUUACUGUUUAUGCUCAAGACUGGCAUUAUUUAUCUACAAAUCCAAAUUUUUAAAAUUUAAAUUGAAUUUAAAAAUCUGGUGCGUUUAUUAAUGAAUUGCUUUAUAAUAUUAAUGGUCAUUGAUAAAAGUUUAUAACCUGUUGCAUUAUUCGUAAGUUGUAAUUACAAUG